UUCACAAAACUUUUCCAAAGCGUUCUCUAAUUCUUCUUCUUUUUCUUUUUUUCUCGAGUGCAAGAAUGGAGGUGUUUCGUAAAGGAGAUGAAGUUGAAGUACGCAGCAAGGAAGAAGGGUUCUUGGGCUCAUACUACGAAGCUACGGUGAUAUCGCAACUGAACGGCAAUACUCGUUACAAGGUGCAAUACAAGAACCUGGUGGAAGAAGAAGAUCAAACUCGGCCUUUGGUUGAGAUAGUUUCCGCUGACGAGGUCCGACCAAUGCCACCAAGAACCGUAGGGGAAGCCACUCGGAUUUUCUAUUAUCUCGAUAAGGUUGAUGCUUUCGACAAUGAUGGUUGGUGGGUUGGGAAUAUUAGUGGGAAACAAGGGUCAAAGUAUUGGGUCUAUUUUGAUACCACCCAGGAUGAGAUUGCGUACCCUGUUUCUCAGUUGAGAAAUCAUCUGGAAUGGAGCAAUGGCAAGUGGGUUUCUUCCAAGUAA